AUGGAUAUCUCCCCGGUCCCUCUGCUCAACUACGGCCUGCAGUACCAGUGGUGCUACGACUCGGACCUGUCUAGCAUCUCCUCUUCAGAAACCCUCUCCCCGGUCACCUCUAUGGACUCCAGCCUCUCUCCGUCCUACCAGCAGCUGCCACAGUCCACUCCUAAGGCAGCUAAGACUGGAUUUUCCCAGAGGCUCACAUCAUCCCUGUCUGGACGUGGCAGGAAAAGGGGCCUAGACACCCGGAUGCGCAGCAAGCAGAGAGAGAGCGCCAGCGAGAAGGAAAAGCUGAGGAUGAGGGAUCUGACCAAGGCUAUGCAUCAUCUCAGGUCCUACCUCCCGCCCUCGGUGGCCCCUGCCGGACAGACCCUGACAAAGAUAGAGACUCUCCGCCUCACCAUCGGCUACAUCUCGUACCUGUCGGCCCAGCUGGGCCUCAGCGAGGAGGGGCUGUUUCAGAGGAGGGAACAAGGAGAUACCUCGGCCAGCGGCACCUCCUCCCCUGACAUCCUCAGCUACUUCCAGCACACCGCCAUGGGAGGACAGGAGGAGGCCCAGCUGCAGAACCAGAGCCUGUACCCAGCCCAGUGUUACAGCCAGAACACCAUGCUGCAUUCUGGGAGCUGUAGUUUUGGAGUGGAUCAGUACAGUACACAGUACAUUGAAGCUCCUCAGGGAGACAUGAGCAUGGAUGCCAUCCUGCAGUCAUCUCCAGCAACACAGCCCUGCUGCCAGUUCAGUUCACUUUACCUUGUGGCUGUACUGGUUAGCUCCCAGUUUGGAUGUGAAUGUGAUGGAGCCCAGGACAAAAUGCUACAGAGCGUCCUCUGCUGGUCAUGA